AUGGGCGCCGGCGGCGCCGCGUCUGACGCCCCGCCCGCGCCUGCGUCCUUCAGCGGCGCGGCGCGGGGAGGCGGCGGGGGCGGCAAGGCUGGCGGCGGCGGCGGCGGCGGAGCGAUGGCGCGGGCGGGCGUGUCUCCAGAGGAGGCGCGGGUCCGCGCGAUCGCAGAG